AGAUGUGGUCGUCUGCUUUGGCCGUCUUUGGCCUCCUGGCCGCGGCCGCCUCCGGCCAACCCCCGCAGCGCUACGAUGGGGUCUCCAUCUUCUCCGACUUGACUCCGGCGGAGCUGCGCGCCGUCCGCGACUUUCUGCUGGGCCGGCCCGAGCUGGGCCUCCAGGCGGAUCCAGCCCCCUCCCUGGCCAAGAACAGCCUUUUCCUGGUGGAGCUCUUGACCCCGAAGAAAGGGCACGCCUUGCAGUACCUGGAGACCGGGGAGCGCCGCCCCCGACGCCAGGCCAGAGCCGUGGUCUUCUUCGGGGCCGAGGCGCAGCCCAACGUCACCGAGUACGUGGUGUGGCCCCUGCCCGCGCCCACCUCCUACCGGCCCUGGGGGAAGCCGGCGCCCUUCGCGGCACGGCCGAUGUCGCAGCUGGAGUUUGGGCUGCUCUCGCAGAGGCUGGCGGAGAGGUUGGCUCCGCUGCAGCAGUUCCUGCUGGACGCCUCGGGCUUCGGCUUCGGGAACUGCGGCGACCGGUGCCUGACCCUGACGGAGGUGGCCCCGCGGGGCCUGGCCUCGGGUGAGCGCCGCACCUGGCUGAUGCUCCAGCGCUUCGUGGAGGGCUUCUUCCUGCACCCGGUGGGCCUGGAGGUCCUGCUCGACCACCGGGCACUCGACCCGAGCCUCUGGCAGGUGCAGAAGCUGUGGUACAACGGGCGAUACUUCAGCAGCGCCGAGGAGCUGGCCCAGCUCCAUGCCUCGGGCGCCGUGCCCGUCGUGCCUCUGCCGACGCACCCGGACGAGAGCCUCUUCUCCACCUUCGUGCCGCGGGGGAGCUUCUCGGCGGGGCCCCCGACGGACGCGCACGGCGCCAAGAUUUGUGAGCCGCAGGGCCGCCGCUACUGGGUGGAAGGCAACCUGGUGCAGUACAGCGGCUGGAGCCUGGGCUUCCGCCUGCGCACGUCCACGGGGCUGCAGCUCUUCGACGUGCGCUUCAACGGGGAGCGCGUGGCCUACGAGGUGAGCGUGCAGGAAGCCAUCGCCAUCUACGGGGGGAACACGCCGGCCGCCAUGCAGACCAAGUACAUCGACGUGGGCUGGGGCAUGGGCUCCGUGACGCACGAGCUGGCGCCCGGCGUCGACUGCCCCGAGGGGGCCACCUUCCUGGACGCCCACCACCUGUACGACGCCCCGGGCCCCGUGCGCUUCCCACGCGCCCUCUGCAUCUUCGAGCUGCCCACGGGGGUCCCUCUGCGCCGCCACUUCGACAGCGACUUCCUCGGCGGCUCCCACUUCUACGCGGGCCUCGAGGGCGCCGCGCUGGUCCUGCGCACCACCUCCACCGUCUACAACUACGACUAUAUCUGGGACUUCCUGCUCUACCCCAACGGGGUGCUGGAGACCAAGGUGCACGCCACGGGCUACGUGCAUGCCUCCUUCUACACGCCGGAGGGGCUCCGCUACGGGAACCGCCUGCAGGAACACCUGCUGGGCAACAUCCACACGCACCUGGUGCACUACAAAGUCGACCUGGACGUCGCAGGCCUGGAGAACAGCUUCGAGACGCUGGACGUGGCUCUGGAGAACAUCUCUCUGCCCUGGGAGCCGAGCCAGCCGCUGGUGCAGCCGCGCCUGGAGUCUCAGCCGCGGCUCCGCGAGCGCCAGGCCGCCUUCCCCUUCGGCAAGCCGCUGCCCCGCUACCUGCUCUUCGGCAACCCGGCGAAGCCCAACCGCUGGGGCCACCGGCGCAGCUACCGCCUGCAGCUCAGCUCGCACGCCGACCGCGUCCUGCCCCGCGGGUGGCAGGAGGAGCGCGGCAUCACCUGGAGCAGAUACCCCUUAGCAGUGACCAAGCAUCACGACAAUGAGGACACCAGCAGCAGCCUCUACAUCCAGAACGACCCCUGGAGCCCCACGGUCAGCUUUGAGAACUUCCUGCAGAACGACGAGAGCCUGGAGAACCAGGACCUGGUGGCCUGGGUGACAGUGGGCUUCCUCCACAUCCCCCACUCGGAGGACAUCCCCAACACGUCCACGCCGGGCAACGUGGUGGGCUUCUACCUGCGACCCUUCAACUUCUUUGAUGAAGACCCCUCUGUGGCCUCACUUCGCACCGUCAUCGUGCGGCCCUCUGAGCCUGGGGACAGGUCUGGGGUGCAUGUCCAGCGCUGGACCCCGGCUGAUCCCAUGCCCUGCGUCUCCCAGGAGCCCUUCAGCUACAAUGGCACCUACUGGCAGGAGUAGCCCAGCCCCAGGCAGGAUUGGCCCCAUCUUCUUCCUCUCCACCCCUCAAAUCCCAACCCCAGACAUUGACCUCUCCUCCUCGGCAGCAGGUGUGCCAGCAGUUAUUACUCACAGGAGCAAAGUAGAACCUCCAUGUGCCAAGAGGGUCUACCACUGAGCACUGUCCUCUGGGGACACAGAGCAGGGAGGAGGACCUGAUGCCCACAGGCCCAGCUUGUGGGGCUCCCCAGAGCACUGGGCGCUGGACUCAAGUGAUUUUUCCUGCUCCAAAUGUCCACUUAGUUAUAUGUAAAGGUCAUAAAAUAACUAGUUGACUAAGAGCAUGAGAAGAGCAUGUGCUGGAUGAGGCCUGUGGCCCAUCUGGUCCUGCACCCUGUUCUCCCAGUGGCCAACCAGGUGCCCCCAAAGGGAAGCCCACUAGCAGGUUUCGAACUCAAGACCCUCUCCCCUCUUGUGGCUCCCGGCGACUGCUGUUCAGAAGCGUUGCUGCCUCUGAGUGUGGAGGGCAGAGCAGAGCCAUCCAUGAAUUUCUCUGACCCCCUUUUAAAGCCAUCCAGCCCCCACGGUCUCCUGCCGGAGGGAGUCCCACAGUUUAACUUCUUGGAUCCAUCCUGAUAACUAUUUAAUUAAAAGUCUUACAGUGACU